UUUAUUCCACCAGCGCCGGGACGACUAAGGCUGUGAGGUACUCUUUUGACCAUGGAUUGACAGUCUAUGAAUUGCAACAACCUGCUUUCUGACGCUCAUUUCUCACACUUUAUUUGGAUGUUUGAUCCCUCAUCUGCAGAGCAAGGCUGACGUUCAAACACUGCCUCACUCCAAGUGCUCCACCAAACCUUGGCUUAUGAGAGUUGCGCGUUCAACGGCAGCGACCUUUGCGUGCCCCUCCCCUCAUUAAAGCUCUUUACCAGAGAUAUUAUUCGCUCUUUCACACUCAUUGAUAUACCUCAAGGUUCGAGGCGGCCGUCUCGGAGCUCUUAGGAAAAAUGCCACCGAAGCUCACUAAAGGCAGCAGCAUGCAUGCUGCUGGCAUCUAUGCCGACAUGUCUGUGGAUGGACCGGAAAUCGGGACACUCGUAGUCAUUGUGGACAGGGCGAAAAACCUUCCAAAUCGUAAAUCAAUGGGAAAGCAGGAUCCGUACUGCAAUUGCAGGCUCGCAAAGGAAGCGAAAAAGACGAAGACCGAUAAGAGAGGAGGACAGGUUCCUAGGUGGGAUGAAGAAAUGCGAUUUACUGUCCGCGAUUCUCCAGAUUACUAUCAGCUCAAGGUCUCCAUCUUCAACGAUGACAAGAAGACAGAAUUAAUCGGUGAGGCGUGGGUUGAUUUGCACGAUGUGAUCAAACCCGGUGGAGGACAAAGUGACCCAUGGCAGCAUCUACAAUGUAAGGGCAAAUAUGCUGGCGAGGUCAAGCUCGAAAUGACGUAUUACGACUCGAGACCGAAGCCCGAGAAACCAGCGGAGGAGAUGGUCAUAGACAACGUACGAGACGCAACAGGAUCGAUCAAUGGCUCAAGGCAUAACACACCUGUGAAGAGAAGGCCACUGCCCACAGAUCCCAUAAGCCAAAGUGGCUCGCCAGCAGAGCCUAACCGACCAUCGUCCUCCGCUUGUGGCCCAAGGGAACUCGGUACACCCUCGCGAGCAUUGCCACAGACGCAAGGUCGAUCAGCCGGAAAUACUCCAAGCAGCAACAGGAGAACAGCACAUAGCAACAGCCAACCACAACCUGUGGAACGGAAGCCAGUCUCUCAGCAUCAGUACUUCCCAGAGACGCUGGAUGACCCAUUUGUCCAAGAGCCACAUUAUGCGCCAUCCCACCAUGAAGUUUACAGCUCUUAUGGCGGAUAUGAUCCAAAGCCAGCAACACAUGCCCCUCAGCAGGACUAUCCGUAUCAAGAUAACCCUGUUACAGGACUUCCGGAACUUCCGCCAAUGACUAACCAUCGUCGACGAGGCUCGAGUCGGCCACAACAGGAUCCAUAUCAGAGUGAGUACAGUCAUCCCACGCCGCCAAUGCAACCUGAGCUGCAGCACGCACAUUCAGCGCCUCAGGUUGUUGGUAACGCACCGUACCCGGAGGACAUGCGCGACCCAAGGAGCACAUUUCAGCACACGCAGUCUGAUAAUUAUAUGAAUCAAGGCCAAACAGCUCGGCCUAAAUACGAUGAUCCGUACCAACAGCUUCACGAUCCUUACCCACAACAGUCCCAUGAGAGGGAUGCUGGUUCGAGUUACCAAUACCAGAACCAGUCCGUGGCUGCUUCAACUGCGCCAAUUCACGAAGGCUACAACCAGAUCCCACCGACAAGCGUAUAUAGGCGGCAUUCGAACCAGUAUGACCAUCCGUCAUCGAACGACUAUCAAAUGGAUGCCCCUCCACCUCCGCCUCCAGCGCACCGAGACAGCGCUCCAAAUUCGGCUAGGCGGGAGUCAUACUCAACUUUUGCACCGCCGCCUCUGAAUGUUACUCCCAUUCGACGAUCCCCAUCACCUUUGCCAUAUCAAGAGCCAGAGCAAUAUUCGAAUUCUAGACCCUAUGAGUCGUCAGAGUAUUCCGGACGAAGAAAUACCGCGCCUUCAGAGACAUCACCUCACGAUCCACACAUGAUGUAUCGUCCACGAGCGUUGUCUGGUGAGGCCAUGAGAGGCGUGAAUAUAUCAGCGUCGAGGGAGGAGCAGUACGCUCUGCCACCAAGCCAUCCCGAAUACAACAGUCCAACAACGGGCACUCCAUCAGGACCGCCGAAGUCUCAAUCUACGCAGACGAUGCGUCGUGAAUCGUAUCAGUCUCCGUACCAUCCGGCACAACGAAGCCCCUUGGCAGUUGAGUCCCCUCGUUCCUUCCGUGAUGACAGGUCGUCUUUGCCAUCUCAGGCGAAUACGCCCAGCAAGGGAAGUGAUUUGUUCCAGCAGCCUUUGCCAGCAAGAGUGCAACCGACAACUACACGGCCGUACUCAAGUCACCACUAUUCGUCAAGCGAACCUUAUGUGCCACAAAAUAGUUACCAAACGCCACCUCGACAGCAUCCGCUCUCUCAGCAAGUUCCAGCAAGCACCUCGCCAAGCUCGUACCAUCAUCCAACACCUCCGCAAGACCAGGUUCCUAUACUGAAGCCUAUCCCCCUCUGUGGCCAUGCUACACCGUCUUCAGAUCCACGACAAUCGCGAAACGUGAAUAGAACUACACCCACAACGCGCAAGUCGGUAUCCCCUCGGGCACCAUUAUCAGUAGAGAGGCCCUCAAGCACCUAUUUCGAUCCAGAAUCCUUCAAUCGUUUUAAUCCUGCGGCAUCAUCAUCUACGUCAUCGCUACUAAACCAUCCAGCCACGAGCAGCCAUGGCAGUACUCCUGCAAAGGAUACACCAUAUACAAGAGACGGCAAGAUUGUUGAUUUCCACGGGAACCAUAUUGAUCCAUCAGAUAGGCUUCCCGAAGCAAGCUGGGCUCCAGAACCAGAGCCAAAGGGCAAUCCAAAAGAGAAGCCGUACCGUGAACGAGAACGACUCAGCGGAGCACGCGACCUAAACGUCACUUUAGUUAACAAGACGAGUCCGCACGUAAACAAAGUAAACGGCAACGAGAGUCCGACACCCGUGGCAACCGGCGGUGGAAACGGGGUCAUCAGAGCGCGGCUAAAGAAAAAGGAGCGACCUUCGAGUGCGGUUGUAAUGAACAAUGCGAGCCAUGACCGUCCUUUCAGAGAUAUACCAAAUCCACCUGGCGCUUCUCCGAAUGAAUACUCUCCUUCAUCACAUUGGAAUGAUCUGGUGAACACUUCGAAGGCGAGCCCCAGCCAUUACGCCAAUGGGAGUCCGGGUAAUUAUGGCGAGGAUAGAUACUACAAUUCAGGGGCCACAGGAAGAGCACCACCAAUUCCCGCCAAGAUUCCAUUACCAAGUGAGAGCUACGGAGGAUACAGCAACGACGAUAUGGAUGCCCUGAGCCGCGAGAUUAGCGGGAUCGACAUCGGACCUGGGAGUGGACGAGCGAGACUGGCGCGUGGUAGAUUACUGGGAUACGGGAACUGAUAGGUUAUGAUCUGAAUUUUUCCUUACGUGUUAAGAUGUAUUCUUUUACUUCCUUGGCGCAGUGCACAAGUGUGUCCGGUUUUUUUGACAGGGAGUUUUGGUACGGGGGAAGAUAUACAGGAUUACACGCGGGAGGAUAAUCUGUGAUCGCCGUCUAUGACUUUGCGUCGGGCCGCGUCCUCUAUUUUCCAUUAUACAUAUUCAUUCCUACCGCCUAAUACCGUUCGUAAAGAGGAUGUACGUAUAUAUACGGGUGAUGAAUAGAAUUUGAAGAGCAUCAAAUCGCACUUCUGGU